CAGCCCAUUGUCCCCCCACUGGCCAGAGCCGGCUGCGACUCCGGGUCACCAGUCGCUGGGGUCUCCGUUCUCCAGGCCGUCGGCCGGGGUCCCAAGUUCCUUCUCCGGGUCUGUGUCCCAACGAACUCCCUCUCCCCUCCCCUCGUUAAACCAGGGACACUGAGUCCCACCCCCUCGGCGUGCAAACCAGUGACAAAACCCAGAGAACCCCCCACUUCAUUACGGGGGGGCCAGAAUCUGUCUGUCCCUCUGCGGGGGCGGGGGCUGCUCUGUGUGUGUGGGGGGGUCUCAUUCCCCCUCUCACGGCCCCCCCUGCCCCGCAGACGGGACGCUCUACGCCGGGCUGCACGUGGAUUUCAUGGGCACCGACGCGGCACUUUUCCGCACCCUGGGCCCCCGGCCGGCCGUGCGCACGGAGCAGUACGACUCGCGCUGGCUGCAUGACCCCGUUUUCCUCCGGGCCCACGUGGUGCCGGACAGCUCCGAGCGCAGCGACGACAAGCUCUAUUUCUUCUUCCGCGAGCGGGCGCUGGAGGGCACCGUGGGGCCCGGCGUGCUGGCCCGGGUCGGCCGGGUCUGUCUGAACGACGACGGCGGGCAGCGGGCCCUGGUCAAUAAGUGGACGACGUUCCUGAAGGCCCGGCUGGUUUGCUCCGUGAUGGGCGAGGAUGGAGUGGAGACCUUCUUCGACGAGCUGCGAGACGUUUUCCUGCUGCCGACUCAGGACGAGAAGAACCCCCGCGUGUACGGGCUGUUCUCCACCCUGGGGUCGGUAUUCCGGGGCUCGGCCGUCUGCGUGUACCCCCUGAACACCAUCCGCAGCGCGUUUAACGGCCCCUUCGCCCAUAAAGAGGGGCGCAGCUACCAGUGGGUGCCCUACACCGGCCGCGUGCCCUACCCCCGCCCCGGAGCCUGCCCGGGCGGCGCCUUCACCCCGGGACUGGGCUCCACGCGCGAGUUCCCAGACGAGCUGGUGAUGUUCGUGCGCUCGCACCCGCUGAUGUACGACCCCGUGUACCCGGCGCCGCGGCGCCCCCUGCUGGUCCGCGCCGGCCUACCCUACGGCUUCACCACGCUGGCCGUCGACCUGGCCCAGGCAGCCGACGGGCGCUACGAGGUGCUCUUCCUCGGUACCGACCGGGGCACGGUGCAGAAAGUGGUGGUGCUGCCCAAGGACCCAGGUGUCCUGGAGGAGCUGACCCUGGAGGAGGUGGAGGUGUUCAAGACCCCCGCCCCCGUGAAGACUCUCUGGAUUUCGUCAAAGCGGGUAGGUCGGGGGCAGGGCUACCACACCCAGAGGUGCCAUGGUCUGGCAGGGGGGCUGGGGGCCCGGAUGCCUGGGUUCUCUCCCCGGCUCUGGGAGGGGA